UCUAGACAAAACGCAUGUUUAGGGGAAAUGAAAAAGGAAAUAUAUUGUCAAGAAAUCUGGUAUGAGUAUGUGAGAUCUAUCCAGGCACGCAGAAAAUGGAAUAAAGGCCUGAGAAAUAACAGUAAAACCUGUAUAAUGAUUUAAAGAUGAUUAUGGUUUGUAACAGGAUUAAAAUAAUAAUAUACAUGCUAAUGAAGGAAUGUCAGUAAUAUAUAACCAAAUGUAUGUAUUCUGUACUUUUAAUCAAAGAAUGUUAUAAUGUAUGCUCUGUACUUUUAAUCAGCAGAAGGUUAUAAUGCUUUAUGGAAAUUGAGGUUAAACAACUUGAUUGUUGCAUGAUACUCAUUGAUUAUUAAGGAAUAAAGAUGAUUAGUGAGGAAAGAACAUACUGAGGUAAAAGGAUAGAGUAAAGCAUUGAAUAUGUUUGAACAUGUUCUUUCAGCAUUGGACAUGUCUGAGCAUGUCUGGAGCGAUGGGUGAGGCUUAAUUAGAAGCAUAUGGUCAACAGCAAGCGAGUAAUAAGGAAGGAAUGUGUCACGAGGGAGUUGGGGAGGAUGGAACUCUCUACCGACAGUGAGACGCAAAGGGACGGUUACGCAGCCCUGCCCCGAAGGCGGCCCUACGUUGAGAGGGUUUUAAAAGGUGGAGCCCAGGAGAGAAACGGAGUUCUUCGUCCCAGGCGCAGAAGAGGAGUCAGCAAGGGAAGCAGGGUAAAGACCAGCGGAGGACCACGCCCGGAACCAAGGAAAAAGCUCAAAGACUUCACGCCGAUAAGAAGGGACAAGUUCCACCGGCCACCACCUCCGGUUCCAGAUCCGACCGACUCCUCUGCMUCUACCCAACGCUCUCCAAAUCACCGCAGCYGACUUGGAAAAGAGACGGAGGUCCUUCAAAGACAAAGAGUCUGCACGUUUAAUGGAAAGCGUGAGUCUUCUCUCCGCUUCUCUUCAGUAAAGAGGACUUUGCUCCGGCUGGACAAAGACUCUGACCAAGGACAUCUAAAAGAUUACAGCUGCCGAGACCAAAGAACCAUCGGGUAUGAGUUGACCAGCUUCCCCCAAAAGCCUUGCUCAGUGAAUUUAGAGAAACAGGUUAGGGAUGAGAACAAGGAUAGGAUGUGAAUGAUCCUAGUUGAUUUCAUUAUAUUUUUGCUUCUUUUAUAACUCUUGGGAAUUUAACCUGUUGUCAUAUGCCCCUGCUAAAGCUUGCUUAAUAAAAUUGUAAUCCUAAAAAUUC